CGGGUCGAGUGUCAACCGAUGUUUCAAAACAAUCCUCGAGGAUUUUCUCGAUGCAGUUUCGUUAAUCUUCAUGCUAUAAAUAAACGAAUUUGAUCUUCAAGAUUGCUGUGCAUUCGUCUUAAAAUUUUGUGCAUGAAGAUCUCAGGGAUGCAACAGCAUAUGUAAGGAUUCAAUUGAAUAAAUUUAGAGAUGGAUGAUCUCGAGCAACAGUGUGAAGAUGCAAUGUUUGAAGUAUGCGACGCUCGAGAGAGAUAUCCACUGCAAUGUGCAAAGGAGCUUGAAAAGUGUAUCAAGCUCACCAAUGAGAUAUACAUGACAAAGGUUCUUACUAAGCCAGUAAAAAUUCUGGACAUGCCAUCUUUCACGAAUGAACACUCGACAACGUUUCAAAAAAAUUUUUUGGAAGCAGCUGUAUUGUUGAAGACACAAGAACACAAACUGCAAAUGAUGAUUGACAAAAUUGAUAACUUGACGGCCACUCUGAAUCAGAUUAAGAAGGACAAGUUGUGUGAAGUAAAUAAAUUACUGUGGCAUUAAAUGCAUUUUUUCAAUGUAAUAUCUAUCCAUUUUUC